CGCGCGCGCAACCUAACCAACCGCCAGCGAAUCGCAGCGGAGGAGCAUCUCCGUCUGAAUGGAAUAACCGUAGUUGAGAAAACCCAAAUCGUAGAUCUCGAGGCAGGAGAUUGGGCAACUGAGUGAACUUUGACCCAUCGGGAAGCUGUUCGAAAUGGCCGCGGCUAUGCUGACUGACAGGGAGAGGGAGGCGAUCGUCAGCAAUUUGACCAAGGAUGUGCAGGCCUUGCGGGAAAUGGUGCGGAGUCGGGAGAGCGAGCUGGUCAAGCUGCACCGGGAAAUCCACAAACUAAAGAGCGUACUCCAGCAGACCACCAAAAACCUGAACGUCAGCCGGAAUGAGAAGGCGAAAACAAAGCUCUACUCUUUGCCAGAGCAAUGUGGCGAGCAGGAGGAAAGGGAUCGAGAUCCUCAUCUGUGCAGCUCUUGCGGCAUGGUUCUGCCCACCAGUCCGGAGUUCGCCCUGGAGGCGCUUUCUCUGGGACCAUUGCCCCACUCGGAAGCAUUUUCCAAGGCAUCCACAUCUUCAUCUCCCUCGACUGAAGAACAGCGACCCAAGGCUAUGCCUGCUGCUAUUAAGAAACAAGGUGUUUCAGCUGAGAGCUGUGUGCAGUCCAUGCAGCAGUCCUAUAGCAUUCCGAUUCCAAAAUACGACAAAGAUUUCAGUGCCAAGCAACAAAUCAAAGACGCCAUUAUGGACAACGACUUUCUGAAAAACAUAGAUGCAUCUCAGGUGCGAGAAUUGGUGGACUCGAUGUACUCAAAAAGCAUUGCCGCCGGGGAGUUUGUGAUCCGCGAGGGCGAAGUAGGUGCCCAUUUGUACGUCUCCGCCGCCGGUGAGUUCGCGGUGAUGCAGCAAGGAAAAGUCUUGGACAAGAUCGGGCCCGGCAAGGCGUUCGGGGAGCUGGCAAUCCUUUACAAUUGCACCAGGACGGCCUCUAUUCGGGUUCUAAGUGAAGCGGCGAGGGUGUGGGUGCUCGACAGACGCGUCUUCCAGCAGAUUAUGAUGUGCACGGGGCUCCAGCGGAUCGAGAACAGUGUGAAUUUCCUGAGAUCGGUGCCACUCCUGAAGAACCUGAGUGAAGAAUUGCUUGCCAAAAUUGCGGAUGUUCUGGAGCUGGAGUUCUAUGCCGCUGGCACUUACAUCAUCCGCCAGGGGACUGCCGGGGACAGCUUCUUCUUGAUCUCACAGGGAAAUGUCCGUGUGACCCAGAAGCUGACACCCACCUCCUCGGAGGAAACCGAGCUACGAACUCUUUCCCGAGGAGACUACUUUGGAGAGCAGGCGCUUAUCAACGAGGAUAAGCGAACGGCCAACAUCAUCGCCUUAUCACCUGGAGUGGAGUGUCUGACCUUGGAUAGGGACUCCUUCAAGCGACUGAUUGGGGAUCUGUGCGAGCUGAAAGAAAAGGAUUAUGGAGAUGAGAGCAGAAUGCUGGCCAUGAAGCAAGCCAGGGGAAGCAGCCAGGAUGAGCCGAAGGAGCAGCUGCAGCAGGAGUUUCCUGACCUUAAGCUGACGGACCUCGAGGUUGUUAGCACUCUGGGCAUCGGUGGAUUCGGUCGGGUCGAGCUGGUCAAGGCCCACCAUCAAAACCGCGUCGACAUCUUUGCUCUAAAGUGCUUGAAGAAGCGGCACAUUGUGGACACCAAGCAGGAGGAGCACAUCUUCAGCGAGCGCCACAUCAUGCUCAGUUCGAGAUCGCCUUUUGUCUGCCGAUUGUAUCGCACUUUCCGGGACGAGAAGUACGUCUAUAUGCUGCUCGAGGCCUGCAUGGGUGGCGAGAUCUGGACAAUGCUUAGGGAUCGAGGUUCCUUCGAAGACAACGCGGCGCAGUUCAUCAUUGGGUGUGUACUGCAGGCUUUUGAGUAUCUCCAUGCCCGCGGGAUCAUCUAUCGCGAUCUGAAACCGGAGAACCUAAUGCUGGAUGAGCGCGGCUACGUUAAGAUUGUGGACUUCGGCUUUGCCAAGCAGAUCGGAACAAGCGCCAAGACAUGGACCUUCUGCGGAACCCCAGAAUAUGUGGCGCCUGAGAUCAUUCUGAACAAGGGCCACGAUCGAGCCGUGGACUACUGGGCAUUGGGUAUCCUUAUCCAUGAGCUGCUCAACGGAACACCACCGUUCAGUGCUCCCGACCCCAUGCAGACGUACAACCUCAUUCUGAAGGGCAUAGACAUGAUCGCCUUUCCCAAGCACAUUUCCCGCUGGGCCGUACAGCUCAUAAAGCGCCUCUGCCGUGACGUUCCAUCCGAGCGCCUUGGUUACCAGAGUGGUGGUAUCCAGGAUAUCAAGAAGCACAAGUGGUUCCUGGGAUUCGACUGGGACGGGUUGGCCAGUCAGCUGCUGAUCCCGCCCUUUGUUCGACCCAUUGCCCAUCCGACGGACGUGCGCUACUUCGACCGCUUCCCGUGCGAUAUAAACGAGCCGCCGGACGAGCUCUCUGGCUGGGACGCAGACUUCUAGGCCUAUUUCGCCGAACUCUUCGACUUAGUACUUCAUCGCUCUGUAGUUUAGUUUAGUUUUACGUUAUUGAUUUGCAUAGAAACACAGAAAGGAAAAGGAACACCAUCUCAUUAUCUAAAAUUCACUGACCCUGAGACAUAAAGGGCACGCUGGAUUGGGCUGCCAGCACUUGGCAGAUUUGGGAGCAACGUGCGAUCAAGGGGCUGUAGAUCUUUUCACUAUCCGGAGCUGGUUCCGCAGCCAGUGUCAAGCCGGAUGGGACAUUUCGGAAGAACUCAUCAUAGCUGAGUUUGGGCUCCCUGCCUGUGCGCAUCCUGCAAGAUCUACAGUGGCAGGAGGAUUCUCGAUGCUCGUAGAAGGCGUAGCGGGCUCGAAAGGCACAUCCCAACAAGCUCACUUCGACUCCUGUUCUCUUGUAAACGGGAGCAUUGAAGAUGUCCGCCACAAUUUGUAGGACACUUUGGCUCCUGGAGUCCUCGCCCACAACGAUGAUCUUGGUCUUCGG